AUGAGUCAAACAUCGAUGUGUAGCAGUACUAACUCUGAAUAUCGAACACCACAAGCUACACUUCGAAACAGUGGCCAGAUGAUGACAGCGCCGAGUCCUUCACCCAGUCGAGUCACUCUGCCCGAGGCAGCAGCCGCAUCCUCUGCAACGGCCUUGGAAUACGGAACGCUUAGGCGAUUUCCACCAAGUGUUGUGAAAACGAAUAUGGCCGAAGGACAAGAGUAA